AUGGCCACCCUCCGCACCCUCCGCGCAAUAACCACCUCGCGCACCACCUUCCUCGCCGCCCGCACAGCACCGCAAUCACGGGCUCUGUCAACAUCGCAAGCCCUCCGCUCCGCCAGCCACGGUGACCACUACGAUCCCCCGACCGGCUGGCUGUGGGGCGUGCCCCCCGGAACGAAGCCGGAGAAGGAGGGCUGGGAGACGAUCUGGGUGUGGGGGUUUUUUGGGAGCUUGGGGCUGGGGGUUGUUGCGUAUGCUUAUAAGCCGGAUACGAGUAUACAGACAUGGGCCCUCGAGGAGGCGCGGAGGCGAUUGGAAGCUGAGGGCAUUCUCACGGACCCGGGAUUGAAGAAGGGGGACGUCAAAGCACAGAACACUGAGUAA